UUUGUUCUGCGCCCUUUACUGUACAGAUGUGAAAUUACAUUUCCUUCAGCCCGAGGCUUAUUUCAUUUCGCUUUGUGAAAGUUGUGAAAUGUGUAAAGAUACAAAAAAAGUUUUUUUUCUCCUCCUCAGCCCAGAGGAGAAAAAAUAAAACACAAAAGUAAUACAAGACACUACUUCCCACAUAAAUCAACGAGCACUUUUAGCAAGUAACGCAAUGCUGCAAUGCAUUAUAUUUAGCCUGAAAGUAACUCUUUCCAACCCUGAAUAUGAUGUCCAAAUAAACCUGACGAAGUAUAAAGUGUGUUACCUAUGAAUGGAUAAGCUGUGAAAAACACGAAACACUCAAUAACUUAAAAGGAGCUGAAGAAUAUGGCAAUAAGAGACGCUUAUAGAGACAGACUACUAGAUCGGACUCUUUUACUAGAACAAUGUUAGUACUAGGCAGGACAUCUAGUGGUGAACAUAAGAAGCUACAGGUGGAAAGCCAUAAUAUCAAAACCUACUUUUUCAUUUUAAUCAGACAGUCAGGUACAGUACAGGCUAGAUAUAGAUAGAUCAGAGCCUGAGGGCCACUGGCUUGCUAUAAGAGCUUACCUUACCUUAUAUUUCCUUACCUUAUAUAGUUAUAUCCUGUCCACACAUUCAGAGCAGAAAUACAUUUAAUUAAUUCAUUUGACUCGGCUCUCUUUUCUUUCUAUCGCUGUAAGACGACAGGAGGACAUACUUUUUCCCAGAGGAACCGAUCCCUCUCGCAUUUCCCCGUCUCUCCAAUUACUGAGUUUAUUUUUAUUUCUCCAUCUGUACUGCUCACGCUCAAACACAGAGAGAGAGGGGUCACCUCGACAGGUCACUCGACCAAUCCAGUCGGCUGUGCGCGUGUUGACGAGAAGACGCUUCACGGACAUUUUUGAAACACAACAUACCUCUGGAUUCUCACCUGCUUCUCUCUCUCUGAAGUAACCUUUUUCUCUGACAGUUUAUAAGUCUCCGCUACUAACUUGUCUUUUCUUUUUUCACGCAUAAAACUUUCAGCGUCCAUCUCCAUCCAAACGAUCUGGUGGCGACUUUCAUAUUCAGUCUUUAUCUCCUCGUUUUCUUCUUUCUUGUCUCAGUUCCUCCACCUCUAUGAUUUCAGCACCAUCUCCACCUCUUGCUUUUCAGGACUUUCAUCUUCUAUUCCUCUUUCUUUGUCUGUUGUUCUCUUGUUUUCUGUGGUGGAGUUGCAUCUUCUGGAAUCGACUAUUUUAGUCGACUAGCAUUUCACAUUUUACAGCUGAACGGUCUGUUUUUGUCUUUCUGCUCCCUUGCCCUUCUCAUGGACGCUCCUGCUCUAUGCCAGCAGGGAAACCGAGGCGUUCAGAUGCCAAACGCGUCCAGUACUUUGGAGCCGGACGGCGGCAUCUUCUCCACCAGCAGUGGCUGUACGUUGGUGGAGGAACGUGGCAAAAUGCUGGGGUUCGCUGCUCCGUUUCCUCCGCUUGAAUCAUCGACGAUUCAUCAAGCAACGCAGCAUCAUUCAGGCUGUGCUGCAUUAGGACCAACCAAACGAAACGCGGUUGACAUUUCAGGAGGCAGCCACCUCGCGAAUACGUUUUUUGGUUUAAAUGCACAAGUUGCCGUUUUGAUAAAACGGUUAGGUUUAGGUUUCGCCCGUGGUUCCCGUCUCACCCCAAAAUGUGUUUUGCAUUUGCAGCGAUGUUAACGACAUAAAAAAAGCGCUCAUGACAAUUAAACAGAUUCCUUGAAGGUUCAAACAUUUCGUGCUUUUUGUAAAGCGUUUAAUGUGGCUUUCCAGGACUUUAAUGCAUCCUCGACGCAAUCCAUUCCUUUCAAACCAAGCAAAAACAUAGCCUCUCUGUGUACGAGAGUAUUCGAAUGGCAUCCGAAUGCAUUGGGUUGGUUUGCUCAGUACCAUCAUCUACAAAAAAAAAACCUUAAAAGAAUCAAAAUCAUCAAAACGACUCUGAUGCAGAACAAACUUGCAUCCAAGUUAUUUCAGCAAAGAAACGGUGACGAUGCGCGUUUUCCAGCCAGCAUGCAACAGCAGAAAUCCUCUGCAACCAAACAGUGAAGAUUAAUAAACGCGUCUAACUUAAAAAUGUAACGGAACUGGAUUAAUUUGAUUGAUUAAUUUCGGCUGGAUUUACACACAGAGCGCAUUGUGUCCUCUUUGAAGGGCCGCCAGGAGGCAGCGGAUGGCUGUUAAUGGCCUGCGGAUAUCGAGCAAACCAAAUCACAGUUUCACACACACACACACACACACACACACUCUUCUCAGCUCCUUUCAAUAUCGCAACUAUUCACACAGUGAACCGGACGCUGAAUCGGUGCCUUUAAAGAAGACUCGCCAUCUAACUCCCGGGGGGCUCGCAGCGGAGUCUUCCUCCUGUAUUCGCGACAAGCUUUUGAAGCGUCGUGUUUUUGUUCGUAAGGGGGUUCUCCGAGAUGCCGUGACGUGGGGCGGCUCUCCGCCAAUCGCGGUCCUCGGAUCAAACAUAACCGACCAGCGCUUGUCAGUGAGGGAAGAAGAAGAAGAAGAAAAAAAACCCACCGCGAAAUGCGGGUCCGUUUCCCAGCGGCGGCGACAUCAACCGAAAGCGUUUCGUAAAAAAAAAAAGAUUCGGAGGAGCGCGUCGCCUUUUCUCCCGCCCGAACGUUUCGCUUUCAUCUCCCUUGGCGUUCCGUCUCGUUUUAAGGAUGUCUGUGGCGGGGUUUAAGAAGCAGCUGCACAAAGCGAGUCAGUUACUGAGUGAGAAGAUAAGCGGUGCAGAAGGGACGAAGCUCGAUGAAGACUUUAUGGAAAUGGAGCGGAAAAUAGAAGUCACCAACAAGUCUGUUUUUGAACUUAUAACCAAAACCACAGAAUACCUUCAGCCAAACCCAGCGUCAAGAGCCAAACUGGGAAUGCUCAACACCGUGUCUAAGAUCAGAGGGCAGGUGAAGACGACGGGUUAUCCGCAGACCGAAGGGCUGCUGGGAGACUGCAUGCUACGAUACGGACGGGAGCUGGGGGAGGAGUCCACUUUCGGAGCUGCGCUGGUGGAUAUUGGUGAAGCCAUGAAGCAGAUGGCUGAUAUUAAAGAUGCCCUUGAUAUUAAUGUGAAACAGAACUUCGUUGACCCACUUCAGACUCUACAAGACAAAGACCUCAAAGAGAUUGUGCAUCAUCUUAAGAAACUGGAGGGUCGGCGAUUAGACUUUGACUACAAGAAGAAACGUCAAGGCAAGAUUCCCGAUGAGGAAAUCAAACAGGCUGUGGAGAAGUUUGAGGAAUCCAAAGAACUCGCUGAGAGGAGCAUGUACAACUUCCUGGAAAAUGAUGUGGAGCAGGUCAGUCAGUUAUCAGCUCUGAUUGAGGCAGCGCUGGAUUACCACCGACAGUCCUUAGAGAUCCUGAAGGAGCUCGACAGCAAACUACAGAACAGGAUAUCUACCGCAAGCGGUCGGCCCAAAAAAGAGUUCAAGCCAAAGUCGAUCGUGUCCAGUUUGGAGACCGUGGAAAACACGCAGCACAAUGGACUCAGCCACACCUCAUCGGUCAAAAGCACAGAUAUUCAAGUCAGCCGCACUGUAAAUGGAAAAAUUGAUGAGUUCACACACACAGCACCCAUGACUCUAUCGUGGCCCGAGAGCCCCAAUGGCGAUAGCAAACAGAUGGAGUCCCACUUGGACCAGCCUUGCUGUCGAUCGCUCUACGACUUCGAGCCGGAGAACGAGGGCGAGCUGGGCUUCAAAGAGGGCGACAUCAUCAUCCUCACCAAUCAGAUCGACGAGAACUGGUACGAAGGCAUGAUUAACGGCGAAUCGGGCUUCUUCCCCAUAAACUACGUGGAGGUCCUAGUGCCCCUGCCCCAAUGAGCCGAGCCAACAGCCACGGCAAACCAGACUGUCUGAACCGUCCGCUCACCCAACAUCUGCUGCAUUCUCACCAAUGAAAGCCUUGCGUUUGACCACAGACGAUUCUCAACCUUUUACAUUUCAGUAUUUAUUUAUCUUGUUACGUUUUCCAGGCCUCACGGUGCUGCAUCUAGAUUUUUGCACUGCGAGAAAUUAUAUUUAAUCAGUGUUUUUUCGCUUUGUUCUUCGGUAAAAGUAUCUAAACAUCUUAAAAACAACAUGCAUUUAUUUUUAAAAGAUCGAUCAGCAUAAUAUAUACAUAUAUGUAAGUCAAAUGAAAAAUAAAACGAAUAUAAAAGUUUGUUUUUUAUUAAGCAAAAUUUAUUUUAAAUCAAAUAGUCUGUCAGUAUAAAAUAUCAGUUUACCUUUUAAAUUUAUUUUGCCAUAAUUUUUAUUAUUAUUUUGUUUUAUUUCUAAACCAAUUUGCCAGUUAAAGAUAUAUGUCAAAAUUAUAAAUAAAAAUAAAGUAAAACAAAUAAUACAAUUAUUUGGAUUUAACAACGUUUAGAUAUUUUUACUGGAAAAAACGUCAAAAUACCGAUUUACGAUUUUUUACUUUUUUUUUCAGUGUAACUUUAUUUCCGCUUUAACGCAGCAUUUACCUUAUUCAUUUGAAAAUGUGAUGCAUCCAAUGGGUUGGAUUUGGACUUUUGCUGUCUAGGUAUAUUUUUAUGUUGCUCUGAUAUGGGGUUUACCUGCCUGCGGUGGUCUUAUGUGUUUUUUUGAAACACAAUUUUUCUAUAAACUGUGACUCUCUUGACUGCUACUCAUAUGAAUGUCCUCUUUCUCUCUCUGUGUCCGUCUCCGUUUACAGACUUACUGUGAUCUUAGGCAUCAUAGUAAGCAUCGCGGGUGUUUUUUAAUGGGUUUCGCUCUCUCUCUCGCGCCUUCAAGUGCUUUUUUUGAACGGUGGCCGUAUUGCACUAAAGCUUUAGAAUAACUCACCCAUUGAUGUGCACAUUUUAUUUUGUGUCGUGUUUUUUGGUUUUAGGACAUUGCACUUUCUACUGUAUCUCUUUCUGCCAUGCCGAGAAAUACAAAAUUUUAUCAGUCUUAUCUUAUGGAGUGCUAAAAAGUAUAUAAAUAAAUAUAUAUAAAUAUAUAUUGAUAUGGUUCACAACUUCGUACUGUAUGUAACGAGAAGUUUCUGCUCGCCUAUGUGGCUCGUUUGACCAAUGAUAUUUUAAAAUGUGACAUUCCCAGUCGAACUGUGCUGUCUUUUCGGCUUUCUAAUUCGGACCAAUUUAGUUUGAACUGACAAAAUUUGUGUCUGUGUUUGUCCCCCAAGAAUAUACUGUAUUUCAGUAUCGUUGAACAUUAUUUUUGUUACUCUGGACCGUAGGUUUCUUGUGCAUGAAAUUGAACUUUGAAUGACUGUGUGUGUGACAAAUGCUGCCGUUAGCCAUCACGGAUGUUUUCAGAUCGUUCCUUUUUUGACCUGGCAUUCCCUGUUGUAUUUUUUUUUUCUGGCCAAAUUAAGCAGUCAGAGAGCAAAAAAGGAAAAAGCCGUUUGACGCAAAUGAUGCCUACGUUUAACUACUAACAGCACCACACAGAGUUGCCAAAAAGUACUGUAUUUUUGCAUUUUUUGAAGAAAAUGACAGUAGUGAAAGAAAUCCCCUUUCAGCUGUUGCUUUAUACAGGCAGCCUUCCAAAACAAACGUAAAAUUAUUUUUAAAAUUAAUUAACAACAGGUCCAAACCAUGCAGUUCAAUUUAUAAAGUAGUCAAAAUAUUACUAAAAUAUUUUUCUGUAGAUUUAGCAGCAGAAACUGACAAGAAGUAAAAAGAUCAAGGGAUUUUGGAACGGAUUUCAGAUUUGUUUGGAUCUUAGAAUUUUAAAAAUCACUAUAGAGAUUAUUUAGAUAUUUUUAUUCAGCCAUAUUUUAGAAAGAUAUAACUAACAGUCCAUUUUUCAUUGUUUGGAAAAAUCGUCUUUUCCUAGACCCACGCCACUUGUUGAGCUAAACGUUCAUUUUUCAGACCACUCAAGCAGACUGUUUUAAAAGUACCAACGGUGUUUACAAUCCUCAGGAAGAUAGCAUAUUUACAUACAGCACCGUUCAAAAGUUUGGGGUCGUGUUUUUUAUUUAUUUAUUUAUGUAUUAUUUUAAAGGAAUGAAGAGCUUUUUUUCUGUAGAAACAUGUCAGCUUGACUAAAAGUGAAAGAAAAGACAAUUGCUACAAAAGACUUUUUAAGAUAAUUGUUCUUUUGUAAAGUAUCACGGAGCAGUACUGUUUUCAGUAUUACUAAAAAAUAAACGUUUCUUGAGCAGCAAAUCGGCAUAUUAGAAGGAUUUCUGAAGGAUUGUGUGACACUGAAGACUGGAGCAAUGAUGCUGAAAAAUCACAUAAAUUACAUUUUAAAAUAUAUAAGAAUUUGAAAAAAAGCAUUUAAACUGUAAUAUUUAAUAAUCUGAUAUACUAUGUAACGAUAUUUAAUAAUUUAACAUUCUAUAAAACGUACCGUUUUACUGUAUCUCUAACAAAAAAAAAGAGACCCCCAACUUUUGAAUGGUAUACUGUCUAAUUAUCUCUGCUCAAAAUACUGGGGUAUGAAUUUUUUAACAUAGAAAAAAUACACACGGCAGCUUUUAAUUUAAAAGUUAAGAGAUUAUAGGUGACGGUCUAGUAAAGUAAAUGAUCUGAUUCUCAGAAAUGGUAUGUAUGACAAGUAUUCCACAAGAAAUUGUUCAAAAGAAAAUGUGGCACCCCAACAAUCUCGAUCUCGGACUUUAGAUGUAGAAUAGCUUAUUUCUUCCAAACACUAUUACUAACUCCUGUACCGAUUUUAGUCGAAUGCUCAUCACUACAUCACUGAGUGAAAGGAAAGGCUGUGAAUUGUUUUCUUUUUGCUCUCUGGCAUAAUUUAUACACAAAGUGGUUUAUAGAUGUUGUAAAUGAAUAUAUUAUUACACACUGUAUAUUGCAUAAAUAAACAACGUGGAAAUAUUGAUUACA